AUGACGAACGUACCUGGCCGAGUCAACAAAAGUCGUCUGUUGUAUAUUCACGACCGUACUUCACGUACCCGUUUUCUCAUGGAUACCGGAGCCGAGAGUAGCAUCCUCCCCGUUUCACUAACCUCAGGCCACAGGAAACAGACGCCAACUUUUCUCCAAGCAGUUAACCAGUCUCCCAUUCAGACUUUUGGCAAACAGUCCUUGACUCUGAAUUUAGGUGUUCGACGAGUAUUUCAGUGGAUUUUCGUUGUUGCCAAAUUACCAACACCAAUAAUAGCAGCCGACUUUCUACACCACUUUGGUCUUUUGGUCGAUGUUAAACGACGCAGACUUGUAGAUAGCACCACCAAUCUAACUGUGCACAGCAUUACCGCACGAAUACCCACAGUCGGAUCAAUCGUUCUAUCUCCCCACACUGGACGUUACUUGGAUGUUCUUCGCCAGUCUCCGGAUAUCACAAGACCGGUAUUUAGAAACACCGAGAUUAAACAUGGCAUCAUGCAUCAUAUCAAGAUCACAGGCCCACCAGUAGCAUUGCGACCGAGAAGACUGCCCCCAGACCGCUAG